AUGAACAAAUGUGGCUACUGUGGCAAGGGAUUCAAAGAUCCCUUUUCGCUCAACGACGAAUGGCGCAUGGUCGAACAUUUGAUGCGUUGCGGCGGAAAGCAUGAUAAGCGAGGGGUGAGGAAGACGGAAUGCUUGGCUUGCGGAAACGAGACCGAGUUUGAAAAGAGCGUAAAGAAUCACGCUCUGCUCCAUGUUUUGCCAAAUGCGACCGAGGAUAAGCCUCUUGCUUGCCCGAUUCCUGUUCCCUGUUGUUUGAAUCAAUGCGGGCGAGUAUUUUAUGAUAGAACAAGUCUUUACCAACAUGUGCUUGGAAGCUUCAACAAACGCCAAUGUGCAGCUCAUCAACGAGAGGAGUGCCUGAACCGCCUUCUGGAUCAAACUCCUGCUGCCCUUACUUUCCCCGACCAAGAUAAUUCGCCAAGAGAAGAAGAAACACAAAUCGUCCCGAAAAUUUCGCCUGUCCCAGAAGAGACUCCACUCACUGCCUCUCAAUUUCUCCAAAGUGCCCAGUUUCCGGCGUCAAGCCAAUCUAAAAGUGCACCUGCAACACCCGUGAAAAUCCGCCGGCCGAAUAUUCUGAGAAGAAAGCCAAAACCGCCAAAGAAACAAGACGUUAAAGUAGAGCUGUUAGAAUCUGCCUAA